UUAAUUAAUCUCAAGAAACUAAUCAACUAUGCCUUUGGCUUCACUUCUAAUCAACUUCACAUAAAAAUAUCUCUUCAAACAACAUUUCAUCACUACACAACUUGUUCUGCAAUGGCCAAUUUCAAAGGAAAUCUGCCAUUUUCCAUACUCACCAUCGCAAUCUUGGCUUUCGUCGCGCUCUUGUACACUGAAAGAUUAGGUUCUCUAUCUUCAAGAGCCCUUUUCAGGUUCAAGCCCUGCGCCAGAAGUAACGCUGUUGAGAAAUUAGUGGAUGUCAAUGGCUUGAGUUACGAAGGUGAUGAAUUGUUCGAUUUUGAUCCUGAUCAAUGCAGCCUGCAUCAUGGGAAAUGGGCGUUCAAUCGCUCCAUCGAGCCCCUGUAUUCGGACCAAACAUGUCGAUUUUUGGACCGGCAGGUCGCUUGCGUUAGGAACGGUAGGCCGGAUUUGGAUUAUAUGUACUGGGAGUGGCAGCCCGACGGCUGCAGGCUGCCGAGGUUUGAUCCAAGAAUGGUGCUGCAGAAACUUAAAGGGAAGAGGCUAAUGUUUGUAGGGGAUUCACUGCAGAGAGGGCAAUGGCAAUCCUUCGUUUGCCUCGUUGAUUCUGUGAUACCGAAAGGGAAGAAGUCGAUGAAACGAGGUCGUUUGCAUUCUGUUUUCAGAGCUAAGGAAUACGAUGCCACAGUGGAGUUCUAUUGGGCUCCUUUCCUCGUAGAAUCCAACACAGAUAUUCAUAUAAUAGCAGAUCCAAAGCAGAGGAUUUUGAAGGUUGAUUCAGUUGAAAAGCAUGCCAAACACUGGUUAGGCGUCGACAUCCUCGUCUUCAACACUUAUGUUUGGUGGAUGAGUGGCCUCAAAACUAAGACAUUAUGGGGUUCGUUUGCGAACGGAGCAGAAGGGUACGAAGAGCUGGAAACACACGUUUCCUAUACGUUAGGGCUCAGAACAUGGGCAAAUUGGGUGGAUUCAAACGUUAAUCCCUCCAAAACACGAGUGUUCUUCACAACCAUGUCUCCUUCACACCACAGGCCUGCCGAUUGGGGCCAUGAAAACGGCACGAAGUGCUUCGACGAGAGGCAGCCGGUGGCGAAGAAAGGACACUGGGGCAGCGGCUCCGACAAGAGGAUGAUGGGCGUGGUGGGCGGCGUGGUAGCGAGGAUGAAGGUGCCGGUGACGGUGAUCAACAUAACGCAGCUGUCGGAAUACAGAAUCGACGCGCACACGUCGGUUUAUACUGAGUUGGGAGGCAAAGUGUUGACGGAGGAACAAAAGGCUGAUCCCUUGAAUUAUGCAGACUGCAUACAUUGGUGUUUGCCUGGACUUCCUGAUACAUGGAAUCAAUUACUCUAUACACAUUUGAUGUUGUAACGAGAAUUAAACACACACGCGCAGAAUGUAUAUGACAGGAAGAGGAAUUUGAAUGAUUUUGUGAUUAAUGCAUGCAAGAGUUUGGCAGCAACA